AGCUCACGCGACCCACGUGUGACUGCAGCUUUGACAAAAUAAUGGACUUUGAAACGGAGAAAGUGAAGCAUAUCCAGGCUGUCUUUACUUCUAAGCAUCAUAGGUUGAAGGUACCUGAUUCUCAGUUCUCCAUUCCGGUCUCGGCCAAUAGACGAGACCUGAGCAGUCUCAUAGCUCACUUUCUUGAGGGCUCUGGGAGUGAUAAUGAUGAUGGUGAAGCAGAGAGGGAAACAGAGUUCAUAAUCCGUGGAGACCUUCUCCGGUCCUCCUUGGAGAGCCAUCUUGCCAAUAAGACUGUCUCAUCAGAGGCGGUGAUAGAGAUAGAGGUGAUAGAGCGAAACCCUCCACCAAGACUGGCAGAUGUGUUUGACCACAAGGACUGGGUCAGUGGUGUCCACAUCAACACCCACUACAUUCUAACUGGGAGCUAUGACAGUACCGUCAGAAUUUGGACUCAUGAUGGCCAGAUGAAGUGCUCAGCUGAAGGCCACACUUCACCUGUGAAAGACGUAGUGUGGAUAUCUUCAGAUGCAUCUUCGUCAGACAGUGGCAGAGUUCUUUUUGCCAGUGCCUCUCAAGACCAGAACGUCCACAUUUGGAGUCUCGCUGAAAGUACUGCUGAACCUCAGGUGGAACAUCUGCAUACAUGUAAAGGCCAUGCCAGAUCGGUUGAGUCACUUGCCGUCAAUCCCAGCCAUGACAAGGUCGAGAAUUGUUACCCCCAUUAUGUAUGUACUGCAUCUGCACGUGCAAAAUAUUUGUUUAUAGCUGUGCAGUGUGUCUUGGGAUAAGAUGCUAAAGAUUUGGUCAGCCGUUCCUGAUGAUGUAAUGGUGGAUGAAGUGGAAAGUGAAGACCAGAUAGCGUUGAAGAGAGCAAAGAUAAACUCCAACCAAAGGCGGGCUACAACUCGGACUCCACUGCUGACACUGCAAGGCCACACCCAGCCAGUCUCCACUGUAGUAUGGCCGACAGGGGACGAGGUGCUGAGUGCUGGGAUGGACCACUGUAUACGUAUCUGGGACAUUGUGUCUGGAGUCAACAAAUCCACGCUGAAUGGACCAAAGGUGUUCCACUGUAUCCACCACAGUCAUCUGAACAGUCUGGUGGCCUCUGCCAACUCUGAUAAACUAGUUCGAUUAUGGGACACUCGUGCAGGAGAAUCUUCAAUGGUCCAGUCUGCCCUGGCAUCUCAUCAGGGCUGGGUGAUUGCUGUACAGUGGGCUCCAAAUAGAGAGCACCAGCUGCUGUCUGGAUCAUACGACAGUUCACUAAAAGUGUGGGAUAUUCGAAGCUCUAAACUUCCUCUGUUCACUAUCACUGCACAUGAAGGGAAAGUUCUUUGUCUCGACUGGACAUUUCCACAGCUACUUGCAAGUGGAGGAACAGACAGCAAGCUAAGAACAUUCAACUUUGUCUAAACAUUCGGUUUCAUACACACAUAAUUGUGAAUUUUUGUUUGUUGUGAUGUGAAUUCUCAAAAAGAAUUGCUCUGCCCUCAAGCUACACAUACAGUACAGUGUGCUUCAAGUAUAAUUAUAUCUAAUGGUUCUUGUGGUAUAAUUGUGUCCUUUACAGUGUGUUGUGAUUUUGAUGCAGAAGGAGAAGUAAAAUUUG